GGAACCGCCUUCGAUUGGUCGUCUCCUCGACAAAAUAGUCAACGUCAACAGAAGGAAGUGAGCUUGAAAUUCAGAUGAAGAAGAAAUUUUAGGGCAAAAGUCGACACCGACGUUUCGCAUCUCCACUCUCCAUCAAGGUUCUUAAUUGUACGUGUAGAGCGUCAAGAGUCGUGCAAUUAACCGGCGAAGUGGGUGUUCUGUCGAACAAGAAAUCUUUUAGAUCCCAAGUAGACGGACUUACCCAGGAAAAGGGAAUCAUGGCUGGACAGCAGUCUGUGAUUCCUUAUCAGCAGGGUAUUACAACAUUUGAAGGCACUGUAAACCUAUCGCAACAGCCUUUGUUCUACACACCCAAGUGGUACUUCAGUAGAGAAGAAAUUGAAGAUUGUUCCCCUUCAAGAAAGGAUGGUAUUGACCUUGAGAUGGAAUCAAAACUACGGAAGAUGUACUGCUCCUUUCUUCGAGAGCUCGGCAUGAAGCUAAAAUUGCCCCAGGUGACAAUAGCAUGUGCAAUUUUGUUGUGCCAUCGGUUUUACGUGCGCCAGUCUCACGCGAAGAAUGAUUGGCAGACAAUUGCGACUGUAAGCAUGUUUGUUGCUUGCAAAAUAGAAGAUGUGCCUCAGUUGCUGAGGAAUGUUAUUGUUGUGGCUUAUGAAAUACUGUAUAAAUGGGAUCCUUCUGCUGCAAAAAGAGUAAGGCAAAAAGAUUUUUAUGAGAAGCAGAAGGAAUUAAUAUUAAUUGGCGAGAGACUUCUAUUGGGGACAAUUGCUUUUGAUCUUGAUGUUCAACUCCCUUACCCACCACUUGUUAGAGCUUUAAAGAAAUUAAAUAUUCUUUCGAAUGUUGCUAAAGUAGCAUGGAAUUUUGUGAACGAUUGGCUCUGCACAACAUUGUGCUUGCAGUUCAAACCUCAUUAUAUUGCAGCUGGUUCCUUGUACCUUGCUGCUGAAGUUCAAAAGGUUAAACUACCUGAGGAGAAGGGCAAUAUCUGGUGGAUGGAGUUUGAAGUCUCCACUAAAAAAUUGAAAGAAGUCAUCCGACAUAUGAUCAAGUUGUUGAAGGACGACAAAAAACAAACUCCACUGCCUAAGAGUAAGAUUGUCGAUCAAUCUUCUGUUUCGGUUGGAAAGCAAAGCACCACUAGCCCAGAAUCAUGCAUUUCAAUUGGGUCAGUUACUGAAAGCCCUUCCUGCAAUAAAUCUAUGGUGGAUAAAGGAGGAAUUGGCAAAUCUCUAACCUCAGGUGACAUGUAUGUCUGUGCAAAAGAAGUUUUACCGUACCCAACUAGCAGUACUAGUGCAGGUACUGCUGUCGAGGAGUGUGAUGUGGAGAGUCAGCCAAAAACUGGUGGUUCUGAUUCGCUCUCAGGCGAUAAGGUUAUCUCUUCUAAUAACAUGUACAGGAAGAUUGAUCCAAGCCGAAUUAGGGAGGCAUUAAAGAGGAAGAGAUCUAUUCAAGUUGCAAAGAAGAAGGUUGUGGAGGUUAUGGAUGCCGAGAUAGGCAGUGAAGCAUGGAUAGAGAAAGAGCUAGAAAAUGGAAUCCAGCUGGAGUAGUCAGCCAUAAAAGAGGAAGGGACUGUGAGGAUUUGAAAUAAAAAAAAAAAAAAAAAGAGUGGUUCGGAACUACUAACCGAUUGAACAGAGUUCUUUUAACUUAUAGCGAUUCUUUGGCUGAAGAAACAAAGUUUCUUCCAAUCGUAUUAUUCCGGUUGAUUAUUGAAUGAUCAGCAUAGGUUGGUUGAACAAGUGCAGUCUAUGCAUUGUAACCCUUUUUUUGGUUAAUAAUCAAGCUGGUAGGUUUGUGAUAUUUGUACAAUUGAUGUGUACAGUUGAUUUCUACGUUCAUGCAACUAUAGAGGAGCUUUCAUUCUUUGUAAUCUGUGUACGGUGAACAUGGAAAAGGAUGAGCAUUGAUUUCAUAAUAUAUUUUUUUUACCCUUG